AGCGGAAGUCCCGCCCAGGCGGAAGCUGCCGACCGCCGACGCGGGGCGCGCUGGGAGUCGGGAUGGCGCCGGGCGGCGGGAGCGCCUGAGGCGGCGGCGGCGGGGAUGGAGCCUCCCGCGGCCCCGGGCCCCGAGCGGCUCUUCGACUCGCACCGGUUUCCGACUGAUGGGUUCCUGCUGCUGGCGCUGCUGAUCUACGCGCCUGUGGGGCUCUGCCUGCUCGUCCUGCGUCUCUUCAUUGGUGUGCAUGUCUUCCUGGUCAGCUGCGCGCUGCCUGACAGCAUCCUGCGGCGGUUUAUCGUGCGCGUGAUGUGCUCCGUGCUGGGCCUGGUCGUGCGGCAGAGCGAUCCGCGGCUCCGGGAUGCCAGUGUGAGGGUCUACAUCGCCAACCAUGUCACCCAGUUUGACCACAACGUCAUCAGCCUCCUCACCUCCUGCAACACCCCUGCGCUGAGCGGUGCCCCUGGCUUCAUCUGCUGGUCACGGGGAUUCAUGGAGCUGGGAGUCGCAGGGAGCCGGGCAGAGCUGGUGGAUUCCCUGAAGGCGUAUUCAUCCCAUGGAGUGAACCCGCCGCUGCUGCUCUUCCCGGAGGAGGCCGCCACCAACGGCCGUGCCGGUUUGCUCCGCUUCAGCUCCUGGCCCUUCUCCAUCCUGGAUGUGGUGCAGCCCGUCGCCCUGCACGUCCAGCGGCCGCUGAUCGCGGUGAGCGUGGCCGACUCCUCCUGGAUUUCGGAGCUGCUCUGGACCUUCUUCGUUCCCUUCACAGUUUAUCAAGUAAGGUGGAUGCCGCCUGUGCCCAGGCGAGCUGAGGAGCCGAGCGAGGACUUUGCGCUCCGAGUUCAGGAGCUCUUGGCCAUGGAGCUGGGUGUGGUAUCCACACGACUCACCGCGGCGGACAAAGCGGAGCACAUGAAGAGGCUGAGGCACACGCUGCCUCUCCCCUUUGUCCCAGGCUCCGGGCGGCCCCCGGCAGCCAGGCCCUGUGCAGGAGCCGCUCCGGCAGACGUGCGGAUCACAGCUAUGGCUCAGCGGGUGAAGGAGGUGCUGCCCCACGUGCCGCUGGACGUCAUCCGGGUGGACCUGGCCCAAACCAACUGUGUGGACACCACGAUUGCCAACUUGCUGGAGGGGAGAGUAUCCUUCUUCCCAGAAAGCCAGGAGGCCGGCUCUGAGCUGCUGGCCCCGUCUACCUCCCAGACUGGAGCUGCUGCCGGCAUCCAGGGCUCCGUAGCUGUGCCUUCUUCCAAGCCAGCUACCAAGCAGUUUGCCAAAUCCCCUGUGGAGCGGCAUCUGUCCCUGCAGGAGCGGAAGAGAGCGCUGUACGACUAUGCCCGCAGGCGGUUCGCCGAGAAGCACGGCGCGGCGCGGGCCGGCAGCAGCCGCUGAGGGCGGCCCCGGGGGCGGCGGGUCCUGCGCGGCCCUGGCGGUGGCAAUAAAGGGCGGACACGGCUGCACGGCUCGGCUCGCGGCACCGGGACCGGGGCGUGGCCCCA